AAGAAGAAGAAAACGAAACCAAUAGAAUUGAACCUCAUUGCACUGGUUUGUUGUGUCUCUCAGAUAUCUAAGAACUGUCUUAAUUGCGAAUAUUGUGGUAUAUGUGUCCCACCAGCAGUGGACAAUGUCUAGCCGGGCUCUGCGAAGGCUCAGAGGGAAACAGCGGGGUCAGGAGGCCUUGGACCUCGGGGAUUUAACUUUGGGUGACAGCCCAGAGGAGAUGGUUGCUGCUGAAGAGGAGCAACUGGACACUGCUAAUGUUUCUCCCCUGUCCAACAGGAAGGCCAGUAGCGGAAAGAAAAACAAGGCUCAGAAAAAUUUCAGCAACAUUUAUGAAUUGAUAGGUGAUGCAGACAACGAGGCAGAGAAAGUCUCACCUGAUGAAGACGCAGAGGAGCCGGAUGGAAAAAAAACGAGUGACGUGCAAAAGAAAGAUGACCGCGACAGUGAGGAACCAGAUCACAAGCAAGAGAAAGUGUCUACAAAGGGUUUGGAUGGAGACAGAGUUAAAAAGAAGAAGAAAAAAAAGAAGAAGACAAAAGUGAUGUCAGAAGAUGGACAGGAGGCUGCACCGGAUGAUAACAUUGAUUUAUUACUGGAGAACCUGGAGAGGUCCAAUGGACUGAGUUUGCAAAAUGAGGAUUGUGGAGGCUCUGACAGAAGAUCUGUGCUACAUGUGGAGCACAGGAAUCUCAACCCAGAAACAGAGCUGAAAAGAUAUUUUGGGGCUCGAGCUGUUCAAGGGGAUCAAAGAUCUCGUCAGAGAAACAGACAGUUUCACCGUAGCACCUGGAUGACCUGUCUUAAGGACAGCUGGCCUCGCUUUAGCCGCCCAGGAAUCUCAAUGGCCUUACUGCAGUCAAAGGAUGGCAUUCAGUACUUCACCUUUGAGCACAGUCGGGAAUACCAACAAGUACAGUUCAAGUUCCUGGAUGCUGUGAAGUCCAUGGAUCCCAACAACAUUGUGGCCCUGCUACAACUUAACCCCUACCACAUUGAUUCCUUGCUGCAGCUUUCUGAUGUCUGCCGCAUACAGGAGGAUCAGGAGAUGGCCAGGGACCUCGUUGAGAGGGCCCUGUACAGCUUUGAGUGCGCUUUUCACCCUUUAUUCAGCCUGACCUCAGAUACCAGCAGACUUGAUUAUCUGAGACCAGAGAACAGGGCAUUUUAUCUGGCUCUUUAUAAGCACAUGAUGUUCCUGGAGAAGAGGGGGUGUCCACGAACAGCUUUGGAGUACUGCAAACUAAUCCUGAGUUUGGACCCAGAUUCUGACCCGCUUUGCAUGCUGCUCCUCAUUGAUUUCCUGAUGCUGCGGUCCAGAGAGUACACGUCUCUCCUCCAGUUAUAUCAGGACUGGGAGGAGCACAGGAAUCUGUCCCAGCUGCCAAACUUUGCAUUCUCCACUGCACUUUGCCAUUUCCAUCUCAGUCAGCAGGAAGAUAUGGAUCCUGAAGAAAGUGACAAACACAGACAGAAAGCUGACCAGAUGCUGCAGAAUGCUCUCAUCAUGUUCCCUGGAGUUUUAAUGCCUCUACUGGAUCUGUGUACUGUGCAGCCAGAUGCUACAGUCACCACCAAUGCCUUCUUUGGCCCCAAGAGUCAAAUAGGGCAGCCCCCAGCCCUGGCUGAACUGACGGCAUUGUAUGUGGGAAGGACUUGUUGCCUCUGGAAGGAAGCAGCGGUAAUGCUUUGGUUGGAAGAGUCUGUGAAAGAGGUGCUGCGUCGAGUUGAUGCCAAAGACCCUCUCGUGGAGGACUGCCAAAACAGGAGAAAGCAGAGGUACCGGAGUGCACCAAGAAACAUCCAUCGUCACGUCCUCCUCUCUGAGAUCAAAGAAGCCACCUCAAGCCUGCCUCUAGAGGUGACCAGUCAGCCUGUGAUGGGCUUUGACCCCCUGCCUCCGCUGGACUCAGUGAUAUCAUAUACCCGACCAGAGAGGCAGCAUGUUGGUGCAUCCAAUGAGAGUACAUUUUCGCUGUUUUUCCGGUCUGUGCUGCCAACCUUCAACAUUGAGGGUGAAGAGGUCCUGGGGGAUGGUAUGGAAGUAGCUCAAGCAGGUCAGGAGCUGAACCAGGAAGUGAAUCGUCUGAUGGCGGCAAUGAGGGACAUGCUGGCAAACAUCAGGUUUCAAGAGCCGCCGAGAGAGGACAACCCCUACAGAGAUGAGGAGGAAUGGGACUGAGAGAGGAGGGAGACAGAGGUGGAAUUUUAAGUGCGAGAAUCAAGAGGAAUCAAAUGACAAGAAACUUAAUUCCAUUAUGAAAAAUGCAAAUAUUUAAUGUUGUUUAAUUAAAAAGAGAUUGUGUGGAAGAACUGAAUCAUAUUUUUAUUAAAGUGAAAGGAAGAUGUAGUGUUCCAAGCCUGUCCACUCCUCUGCUUCAGUGGCAUUGAUUAAAUAAAAUUACUCUUGGGUGAUCCAGAUAA